UACAUUGCAUCAUGCUGGAACCAUGAGGGUAAUCCAGUGGAUCUCUUAAAAAUUGGAGAACAAAUGGCUCGAUUUAGACAGUGUCUGAAAGAUAACCCCAAAUUCCUUCAAGAAAAAGUGAAGCAAUAUUUUCAGGAUAAUCCACACAAGAUGUUUUUAUCUAUGAGUCCUGAUGAAUUGCACUAUGAUAAACAAGCACAAAUGGAAGAUGAAAAACUAAACCAAAUAGUCCAAGCUUUGACUGAAGAAGAAAGAAAACAGAUAUAUGAGAAAGGUUUAGAAUUGAUAGACUUGCAGAGCAAACCUCAGGACACCUCCUGCCUUCCUGCUUUGAAAGUAUCUGACAUUGAACCGUGUAUACUGUACACUGAAUUAGAAAUGGCAUAUACAGCAGGAGAUGUGCCUGUUCAGUACUGUGCCCAGCCGACUAAUGGAAUGGUGUAUUUCCGAGCAAUCUCAAGUUUAAACACACUGCCUGAGGAACUCAAGCCAUAUGUGCCCCUCUUUUGUUCUGUGGUGACCAA